AUGGCGCGCUACGACCGUGCGAUCACCGUCUUCAGCCCCGAUGGGCACCUUUUCCAAGUGGAGUAUGCCCUGGAGGCCGUGAGGAAGGGGGCCUUGGCCGUGGGCGUGCGCGGCACCGACACCAUCGUGCUGGGCGUGGAGAAGAAGGCGGUGGCCAAGCUGCAGGUGUCGCAGACGGUGCGCAAAAUCGCGCAGAUCGACGACCACAUCUGCCUGGCUUUUGCGGGGCUGACCGCCGACGCGCGCGUGCUCAUCAACAAGGCCCGCACCGAGGCCCAGAGUCACAGGCUGACCCUGGACGAGCCGGCCAGCGUGGAGCACAUGACACGGCACAUUGCGGCCACCCAGCAAAAGUACACGCAGAGCGGGGGCGUACGCCCCUUCGGCAUCAGCACCCUGAUCGUGGGGUUUGAUGGCGCGGGGCGCCCCGCGCUGUACCAGACCGACCCCUCGGGCACCUACUCCGCCUGGAAGGCCAACGCCAUUGGCCGCAACUCCAAGACCGUGCGUGAGUACCUGGAGAAGAACUACGAGGCGGGGGGCCCGCGCGACACGCUCAAGCUCGCGCUGCGCGCGCUGACCGAGGUCGUGGACGCCAGCUCCAAGAACGUGGAGAUGGCGGUGGUGGAGGCAGGCGCGGGCCUCCGCUUCCUCGCCGACGCCGAGCUAGACGAGCUGGUGGCGGAGCUGGAGGCGGAGAAGGCGGCCGCCGCGGCGGCGCGGGGCGGCGCGGCGCGGGACGCCCAGCCGCCCGCGUCCUGA